UGAGAGACAGAGGCGGAGAACCAGUAGUGACGACCGAGCUGAGGAGUUGAGGAAGUUCUUGACCAGGUGGCCAAUCAUCUCAUCUGAUUGAACUCAGGAAGUUCCUGGCUACAUCAGCGACCGCCCGGGAAGAGAUCGUGACGCUCAGGGCCGCUCUAAUUGUCCCGCCGAGGGCCGGGCGGGGCUGCUCCGAAGCGUCUGGUAGGUACCGCGGAAGGACACACCUGGACACACGGAAGGGCGGCAGUUAGACAGGUCGGGAGACGGAGACAACACUGCGCCGGAGACGCAGUGACAUUAGGAGACAAGGAGACAGUGCAUCGGUGAAGCGUGUGUAAAGCGUGACUGCGCGCGUGUGCGUGGAGGAGUGAGUGUGUGCGUGUGCCCUUGAAAAUGAGAGACUGUGAUUUGCAGUGUAACGUUCAGAGGCGUCUAGUGAAAAGCACUGCCGCUGAAGUUUCAAACUGAAGUGCGGCGCCGAGUUUCAGAAAAGUGCGCGAGUAAAAACUGCUGUAAAAAGCAAUUUCCAGAGCUCAACCAUUCGUCCCCUGGGACCUUUUGUGUGCUCGUUCUGGUAUUCUCCAAAGUCUAAUUGCCAGAUACUUGAUCUGGUUCCGGGCGAUGAAAACACGGAACAACAAGAUUAUUCACAGAAACAGUAGCCUAAUCUUUGUUUAGAGGCCCGCUAACCAGUCUACCGGAUCCGGGAGCAGAAGCCACUGCAUCGAUUUGCGGAGAAGUUCCGAGAACACCUACGCCAGCGCUGGUGAGAUAAGCUGACGGGAAAACGGCCCUCGUGAUUCUGACGACGGAUUCACUUCUCCAAUCGCAUGACGAUUGAGCUGUCCAUUGGUGAUCGGCGGGUAGUGAUCAGCUAGCUUCAGUGGACUGUCGGCGGUCAGUGGUCUCUGUGGUCAGCGGUCAGCGGUCUCAGCGGUCAGUGGUCAGCCAGCGCUCGUGGGUGGUCCCUCUCGGGUGCAGGACGCCUGUAAAUAUGGCGCCUCCCCGUCAGGCAGUCGCGCUCCCCUUCAAUCCGCCGGCCGACACUCGACUGGCGUUCAAUCCGCCGGGACAGAGUGUCUCGCUGGCCUUCAACCCACUGCUGAGAGUUCUAACUCCGGCCAUGGCUCCGAGACCCAACUCCGGUCUGGAGACUCAUGAGGAGGAGAUCAUCGGCGACUCCCCGACCCUCGAGCCCUACCUACACCACACCAACGCGACAACAGAACCAGACGAACCGUGGCCAGGGGAGCUUGGAAAGGAGGAAGAGAGCCAGGAGAAGAUCUCCAUCAUCGUCGGUAUCGUGGUCGCCCUUCUGCUCGCCAUCCUCAUCGUCAUCGUCUGCGCCGCCGUCAUCAGGAGGAUGCGUCGGCGGCGUCUUCCUGCGUCUUCGGAGGACGGAAAGGGGAUGAGGAUGAAGCGCGUGCGGCGAGGAAAGGGAGUCGAUGAAGACGAGGAGGAUCUGCCCAGUCCCCUGGAUGACCUUCACGAUCCUUACGUACAGUUUGUCUACAUCCCGCCUAACCGGGGCCUGAAGCUGUGGAAGGGCCGGUUGAAGAUCAUGAAGCGUCACCUGAAGCGCUCGCUGCUGAAGAAACAGAUCGAAAUCCACGGCUGCACAAUCCCCGAGCACUGUAGAGCGCAGCUCAAGAGGAUAUACGUCUAUUGAUUCCGGCGCCACCGAGCGGUGGCUAUAUGAACUAUAACUGUGCGUGUUUCCGCGAGGUGUCGCUUGUGUCGCUCAGCCAUGUUGGCGGCGGGACGUUCCGAUGGUGUCGCCAUCUACACUCGCUGAGCUGGUCUCGCGAGCUGAGAAGCUGGUCUUCUGAGAUACCGUCCCCGGCCGAGCGGGUCUCGCCGGUACAAAAGUGGCGCAGCGGCGCGAUGAUGGCGCAGGGGACGAUUUUGGUGAUACUGUCUCUGUCCUGGACUGGCGGAGCAGGCCGUCAGCUGUGGUCCGAGUGCACGUGCACUCUAUCCGCUGAACGUUGAGACCCAGCCAGUUGGCCGUCGUAUGGAUUGUGUCAGUGUUUGCAGUGCUGCAGUGGCCAAUGUGUGAAAAUUGUCAAUGUGCUGGUAGCGUGAAAGUGACUGAUGAUGUACUUUGUCAUGCUAUUUUUUGAUGUUUCAGUUUGUUUUGCUGAAUAACGUGCAUUAUUUUAUUGAAUGCAUGGGUGUCAAAGGCAGCUGAACGUAACUUGUAUCGCUUGACUCACAAUAUGUAGCCUUCUGUUUGCACUCGAUUCACAACGAUAAGAUAUUUAUUCUUCUCCCUAUGUUCGUCAUAUCGUCAAACCUAACUCCCGCCUCCCAGAUCAUUCCUAACACUUGUAGAUGUAACGAAAAGGCUUAGCCUUAUUGCUGUGCCUUUGAGGUGCUGCUUCGUUCUUUGUGCUGUUUCGGGACGUUUGUAGUUGAUUUUCGAUGGACAAACGAACCUCAGCUUCUCCGUCACUGAUCAUUACCUUUAGCAGAAAUGCCGGCAAAAUUUAUCGGUACUUCGACUUUUAAAAUCAUGCCUGCUACCCUAUGUGCCAGAAGUGUAUUUAUUGUCGCUUAUUUAUAUAAAUAAGCAAGCUUUAACAUCAUAAUGCCAAACCACUGUAUGCGCUGCCCCUCGGGCCUUUAGUGCCUUUUUGUUCGAUAAUCGCUCGGUCUAAUCCACUAACAACACUUAGCUAACUAUAUCAAAUGAUUUUGUUCUUCUAAAACACAUGACAUAACGUGUGUAAUCAUACAAAUUUUAGUAACGGCGAACAAAAUUGUAUUGACGGCGUCUGAAACUCGCCUAAUCGAUUACGACUGUUUCUCCUUGCCACUCCUAUGUCCCUAUUUCUUGGUACCGAUCCGCCUCGCCCUCAGCCUAUACCGCUGGUGCCUGUAGUGUGUAAAUGGAGCGUACCUGAUUCGGUUGUGCAUUCGAUUCGGCUGGCUCUGGGCCAGCUGCGGCCCUGUUCGGCGUAGUCUGACGUCAUCAGUGGGUGUCAGUCAUCAGUCCCGGGUGACUGUAACUGCCAGACUGUGUUGACAGAUGUGAUGACCGCUCUUCUAACAAAUUAACCUGAAUUCAGUAAUGGGGGACUAUCCAAUUUGGUCAAUGAACGUCAUUCUGCGGUGACGCCUGUCGUUUGCCAAAAAGUGUGCGUGACCUUGACCUUUGACCUGGCCCGGGUCGCAGAGGUCACCAGUCUGAGCCAUGUCGUGAAUGUGGUGUAGCAUGUGUUCGCUGCCGUGUCACGAAUGUAUUGUCUGUGCUGUGUAUCUGCAGUGAGAUUCUUUCUACGUAUAAUGCGUAAAUAGAGGAUGUUGUUGUGUUAUAUGAACAACAAUAAAUGCGCCAUAGAUGUA